AUAAGAACUUUUGAUAUGUCUGAUGAUGAGCUGCGCCUAGUGGGGACUCUUUUGGUGAGCAAAGGGCAAAACACAAAGACAAGGAAGGAGCGUGUCAAGACAAAGAGUAAAAAAAGAAGACAAUUAAAGUGGAACCCCAAAGAGGGAAAGGACCUUUCUCUUUUUAUAUUGUUUCGAGUUUAACAGCCUUGAAUUGAAUUGAAUGGUGGCUCCUUCUCUUCUUCUCUUAUUUGUAUAAAGAAAUCUUCACCGAUCAUCACCGCUAUCACCAAAGAAAGGAAGAUAGCGAAACAAAUAAUUCACCUUUGAAUGUCUUUGUUGCAGCUUGCAAAGAAGAAAACAACAAAAUCUACACUACUUGCUUCCCUGAUCAGCAAAGGUGAAAAAGAGUAGUCGGUACCAAUGCUGCUUAGAAAUUCCAUUUCCAACACCAAAAAGUUCUUUCAAAAAACCUUACAAAGUUUCAGGUCUUUAUUCUCUGGUGGUGGUGUUGAUUACCAAAAGCUACCCAAAACCUCUCCUUACAAUCCCUCUUCUUUCAGUACUACUGCCGGCUUUGACAUAAAUGGCCCAACCAGUUACCAGCAAGACCUUGAAAAUUUCUACACUGACUUCACUGACCGAUGGGAAUCGGAUAAAGGCAAGGAAAAGAAGAGAAACAAGAAGAAGAUAGUGUCAACUCCAACAGAACAACAAAAAGAAGGGGACAAAGGAGGUUUCACGCAGUUUACAAAGACGAGUCCGACGAAGAAGAAUACAACACAAACAAGAGAGGGUAAUGAUGAUCAGUCGACCAAAACGAGGAGUGCCAAGGUGGAAAAAAGGCAAGAAGAUCCAUAUAUGAAGAGUAGUAGAGAAGCAAGGAGUUUGUCAGUGGCACAAAAGCUGAAGGAGCUAGAGAUGAUGGAUAUGAGCAAUGUGGAUCAUGUUCUAGACAUUGAAGAGGUUCUUCAUUACUAUUCUCGCCUGACAUGCCCUGCCUACCUUGACAUUCUCGACAAGUUUUUCAUGGACAUGUGCACAGAAUUCUUGGGACCGCCUGCUUCUCCAAAAAGUGUCAAUUCAAGACCAAAAUUUCGAUCAGUGAGAGCCUGAUCAACCCUUUGCUUUUUUUUUUUCUUCUUUUUGCUUCUCUGGUUAGAGAAUUUGGGACAGGUUAAGAAUCGAAAUUGUCAUGGUGACUUCUUUUACUUUAUUUUUUCCCCUCUUUAAUCAUGUUUUAGUUGUGAUUCGCUUUGUUUGUAUUUGUCUCCAAACCAUUAAUUCUUUGAGUUCUUCUGUAAAGCUCUGUGCUUACUUAAUUUCCUUGAUUGAUGCCAUUAAUUUGACACAUGAUUGCAAGAAAAGAUAUGAAAU